UGUGUGUGUGUGUGUGUGUGUUUAGUGAGCGCGAGACAGGGGUUUUUGUCUCGUAGGGGAAGCGCUGUGUUCUUCAGAGGGCUCGCGCACACCGGAGCAGCAGCAGCAGCAGCAGCAGCGGCACAAGUCCAGCGACAGAAAGCGUAAUUUAAAAGUGAGCAGAGUGAGACCUCCGCUCCUGCUCCCCGCACCGCACGGUCCCACCUGAACCGGGACGACUCUCCGGACGGAACCCGCAGAGCAGAGGUGCCAUGGAGGACCAGCUGCUGUGCUGCGAGGUGGACUCGGUCCGCAGAGCCCACCAGGACGUCAACCUGCUCACCGACCGCGUCCUGCGCACCAUGCUGCGCGCGGAGGAGAGCUACCUCCCGUCGCCCAACUACUUCAAGUGCGUUCAGAGGGAGAUCGUGCCCAAAAUGCGGAAAAUAGUUGCCACCUGGAUGCUGGAGGUGUGCGAGGAGCAGAAGUGCGAGGAGGAGGUCUUCCCGCUGGCUAUGAACUACCUGGACCGGUUCCUCUCGGUGGAGGCCACCGGGAAGACGCGGCUGCAGCUGCUGGGAGCGGCGUGCAUGUUCCUGGCGUCCAAGAUGAAGGAGACGGUCCCGCUGACGGCGGAGAAGCUCUGCAUCUACACGGACAACUCGAUCCGGCCCGCGGAGCUGCUGCACAUGGAGCUGCUGGUCCUAAGCAAGCUCAAGUGGGACCUGGCGUCAGUCACGCCGCACGACUUCAUCGAGCACUUCCUGUCCAAGCUGGACAUCCACCCGUCCGCCAAGCAGGUCCUCAGGAAGCACGCGCAGACCUUUGUGGCGCUCUGCGCGACAGACGUGAACUUCAUUGCCAGUCCUCCGUCCAUGGUGGCGGCGGGCAGCGUUGUGGCGGCGGUGCAGGGCCUCUACCUGAAGAGCCAGGACGCCUCCUUGUCCUCCCAGAACCUCACACACUUCCUGUCGCAGAUCAUUCGCAGUGACCCGGACUGCCUGCGGUCGUGUCAGGAGCAGAUCGAGUCGCUGCUGGAGUCGAGCCUGCGACAGGCGCAGCAGCAGCAACACGGCAGCUCGACGGAAACCAAACGCAUGGACGAGGACGUGGACCUGUCCUGCACGCCCACAGACGUCCGGGACAUCAACAUCUGAAGUGACGGGCGGCCCGCCGCCGAUGACGUUGAGGGAACUCUGUGGAUAAGAGGGUGGCGACGGGGGGCUGAGGAGGAACUCGGCCUCCCUACUCCUCCUCCUCCGGUGGGCUACUGCUGUGUCGCUCACACCACAUGCUCAUCUGCCACGACUGCCCAGACGGGACGGAGCGCCCCCCUCGCCACAACCCCUCCCGAGUUACAUUCCCUGCCAGUGGCCCCCUCCCACCCUGGGAUGAGUGGACCGGAGAGACAGACGAUGAGUACCAAUGACUUGUGUGGGCUGGAGAGCUGGAGCCACGAAAACACGCAUGAACAUGAGCACAGACUCUCUUUGUCCCGGCUCUCCGUCCGUCUUGUCGCAGGGCAGACGUUCAUAUAUCCCCCCAUCGCUUAUGUUUAGUCACUUUAUUAAAUCUGAUUUUUUUAGGCUCCUCAUCAGUUAGUCGUAUACCUCUAGUGUGAGACGCUCUGACGACUGGCGGACUGCCGAGGUGACGUUGUACCGAACCGGCUUCGCCUCUGUAAGAUCAAAUCCGACGCAGAGCGGCGGAGUAGUUUUUAUUUGGUCUUCACCAUUCCAGUUCUGUUCUGUUUUUUUCGUUUUUCGAAAGCACUUUUUGGUGGGCGCUUGUCUGAAAAAAAAAAAAUCACAGCGAUAAAAGUUUUUAAAACAAAAUGAAAAAUGGAAUGGGAUUGUGAGCGAAGAGUGGUCCGGCAAAUAAGAGUCAGACGUCAUUUGUUCCCGAGUUAGAGCUCCAGUGUGCAGCCGGAGGCAGAAGGUCCAGAGGAAAACAUUGAAAAGGAAGUAUUAUUUUCAAGAGUUCAAAUAAUACUUUAUUUUUUAUAUAGUAUUAUUUAUUUUUUAAGCUCGGAUUUUUCUAGUUUGCUCAACGCGACGACGGCGACUGACAUUGAACGCCGCUGGUGAGAUGAUCUGUGCCUCCCGGAGCAGCCCGGCCCUCCAGAAACACUUGUGAACCUAAAACUCGGCGUUUCCUCCUCCUCCUGCUCCGACUCAGCUCAAAUACUGCUCCUGGAUCCUGAGACGGGGGGCGAAGAGACUAUUGAUGUGAUUUUGCACAAACCUAAACGACGUGAGCUUGCGUUUCUUGGGGACUUUUCCUUAAAAAUAAAAUGGAGAGCAAACCAGAGCACCGAGGGUGGAAGAGAGGACCGGGGGCCUGCACAGCUGGGACAUGUAGUAGUUCACACUCUUCAUCCCGACCAGUGUGUGGGGACCCUGUGAAUUAGGUUUCUGAUUGUACAGUAGGAGAGAAACACUCCUUGUAUUCUGCUGCUAUAGAAAAUAAACCCCAGCUAUGUUUAAAAAGAAAAGAAAAGAAAAAAAGAGGACAAAUGUAACAGAUUGAAAUGAAAUCGAUGCUUUUCUCCUGUUUGCUGCUACGUUUUUUGGAUGUUUUGAAAAAAAGAAAAAAAGUACAUAUUAAUGUCAAUAUACUGCCAUUCUAGGUUUGAAAUUUUCUCAUAGAAAAUUGUUAUUGACAUCCUCAGCUUUUCGUGUAGGUUCUACGUGAUCAUGUUUUGUCGUUUUUUUGUUGUAAUUUACGUUUUGUGAUUCUCCAUACUAUUCCAAAAAAAAAAACACAAAAAAAAACUAGGAAAAACGAAACGGAUGUACAGAAAUGCUUUGAUCCACAAUACCUCAUGUGACAGUCAAGAUCUAGCUCUAAUGUUUAGUCAUGUACUCUGUUUAGUUCUUAUUCUGCAGCUCUGCGGACCCCCGCCGCGAGUCCGGGGGCUCUGACACUGGUGCCAUAACAGGAAGUAGAUUGUGAAUGACUCUGUGGAGUGUUAAUGUGUCUCGGUGAAGGAGACUUUAUCCCUCUUUAGGCCCGAGGCGGCCGUCCUUCCUCCCCUUUUUUUUAAUAUUUAUAACAGAGAGAAAAAAAAGCUUUUUGCUCCCAGUUUUCAAACUGUCAGAGAGUGUGUAAAUAGAUCAGUGUCAUGCUCAGUUAAGCCAUAGACUGUCCUUGUUCUUGUCUUCACAAAUCAUUCCACACAGUCGUGUCUACUUCAUGGAAAUGGUGACUACACAAUAAAACGUGGUAGAUGGAGCGUA